CCCAGCCCAUACCCCGACCAAAAGGUUCAGCGGGUAUCGCCUGCUCACUCUACCAAGAACGCGGUUGGCGAGCUCACGAUUGGUACUUUGAGCAGUCCGCCAAAGCCAACUGACCCCGUCGACUUCUGGGCAAGCGAGGGGCGCUGGCCAGACCAGAAGCUAUGGCCGGAAGAGACCCUUCAGACUCCUCUCACAAUAGAGAAUCUAGUUGGUCGGAAGAGAUCCCCGCUCAAUCUCUCCCGUGAGCCAUCAAUCACCAUGACAACGUCUCUCACACCCAGUGAUCAGAUGUCGAGGGAUGAGAAAACGACGGGGUACCGAGACCGACACUAUGAGACCCUGCUCGAGACCAAAGGCAGCUAUAUGUCCGAGUGUCCCGACGGGCUGGACGCAGCCAGCCAGUACGUUUGCCGUUCUCUCCUCGAGAAAACACAGCCGGUACCUGUCGAUUCUCUGUUCCGCAACGAUUUAUUCGAAGCGACGUGCCGGAAGCUGCAGAACAAGAACGAAGCGCGGAUUAUACAGGACAUCUCUCGGCUGAUAGUCCCCUCGGCCGAAAGUCUUGCUACUCGUCGUGUCAGAAACCAUCUCAGCAUACUGGUCGAGAGCGUCAACGAAGGGUGGAGCAACUCUAUCCCGUUAACCAACCACCGUCUCCAGCCCGACUACUCCGUUGGCUUUGGACGGGGGGCAUUCACAUCCAGCCAGCUUGGGAAGCUCUCGCCUUUGGUUGGCGAAUACUAUGACCAGUCAUUCUUCAUGGCCACUUGUUACAUGUUCUUCCCAUUCCUGGCGUGCGAGGUGACGCGCGGCGGCGGCGAUAACGCCGAGCGGCUCGAUUCUGCGGAUCGGCAGAACGCCCACAGCAUGACCCUGGCGGUCCGGAGUGUGGUUGAGCUCUUCCGCGCCGUGCACCGGGAGAGCGAGAUCCACCGGCAGGUCCUCGCCUUUUCCAUCUCACACAACCACAGGUCGGUGCGCAUUUUCGGCCACUAUCCCGUCAUCAUCGGCAAGGACACCAGGUACUACCGCCACCCUAUUUGCGCCUAUGACUUCAUGGGGUCUAACGCUAAGGACAAGUGGAUUGCAUAUCGGUUCACUAGAAACGUGUAUGAUGUGUGGAUUCCGGUCCAUUUUAAGAACGUGUGCUCCGCUAUUGACCAGUUGCAUUCUGGUCUGACGUUUGAUGUGUCGUCGCUU